CAUGCCUGCUGCUUUAAUUUUCUUGACAAUUAAAAUUGAACUGCAAAAGUUCCAUAUCUUGGGUUUCUCAUUUUGUUGGCCAACGAAGAAACUAAUCUUGGCAAAUAAAUGGAGCAGUGGAACAAGACUUCUACCAUGGAGCCCUCAUCACUAGGAAGAAGGCAGAACAAGAGAAAAAUGGAGGAGGAUGGUGAUACAAGCACAGAUCAUUGCCAUUGCCAUUUUUCUAACACCAGAUUUCACAAGGGUCGAAAGGUUUUCCCGGUAGUUCAAGUCCCACAUGGAGUUUUCAGAAGCCCGGCGGAUGCUGGCAAGGCUGAUGGGUCUGAAAUCCAGAUUGAUCAUAUUAACUCUCCAGAAGAUAUUGGAAGAACUACAUCAAUGGCGGAAGAAAAUGUCUCUGGCAGUACUAGACACAAAGAAGAUGGAGAUCACCACCAAAGAAUGCAAAAUGAGUUCAUCUUAAAGGAUCAUUCCCAGUUACCCGCUGCUAGUACUGCUUCUACUCGGGGGAAAAAGCUCCCAAAAAAUGUUGACAGGGCCAGGCAGCGAGUGAUGGAAAUUGUAAGAGAAUUCCGAGCUUUUUGUGACCAAAUCACAAGGAUGGAUAAAGAGGAUAAUUACAAGAGGAAGAGGGUUGAUUUCAUGGCAGCAAAGAUGAUUAAAAAGAAAUUCCAUUACUACCCAGAUAAGCCCUUCCUUGGACCAGUCCCUGGUGUGGAAAUUGGAGAUGAAUUCCACUACAGAAUGGAGCUGCACAUUUUAGGCCUGCAUCGUCCUUCUCAGGGAGGGAUUGACUAUGUGCAGGAUGGAGGAAGAAUUAUUGCGACCAGUAUCGUAGAUUCUGGGCUUUAUGAUAACUACAAGGCAGAUCAAGACACUCUAGUAUACUGUGGUCAGGGAGGAAAUAAUGCAAAUCCAAACGUGGGCCUGCAAAUGCCUGAAGAUCAGCAGCUGAAAAGGGGAAACUUGGCAUUGCGGAAUAGCAUAAGGGCAAAGAACCCUGUUAGGGUUAUCCGCGGUCGUAAGUUACUAAGGGCCUCCAUCACCUACAUCUAUGAUGGAUUGUACACGGUGGAGAAGAUGUGGGAAGACAAAGGUCAGCGUGGCAAAAGGGUUUUCAAGUUCAAGUUGGUGAAGAUGCCCGGACAGGCCAGCCUUUUUACUUCAAGAAACUAAGGGCUAAAGAUGUGCAAAGAUGAAGGAGCGCCUGGAAACACCUAUUGCUAGUUCAAGUUGGCAAAAAUCCCCGGACCACUCACAGUCUUAUCUGAUGGGACAUCUUAGGACUUCGAGUUCUGAAUUUGGAUUUGCAGAGUUAAUGUUCUAGUACUAUGUUGGAUUUAGUCUAGUAGUAGUAGUAGAGGAGUAUAUAGUGGCUUUUCAAUACAUGCAACUUUGUCCAUGCAUGAUCACUAGACUUCAUGUUUCGUGUUCUCAGUUAUCAGCAUACAACAUGAAUGGCUGCU